UGUAGUUUAAAGGAAAUGCGGCUCUAAGAGCUUUAGUUUUGAAAGUUUUGAUUCGUCUUUUAUGAACGGCGUAUUCGAAAUUGCACAUUGCGAUAAUCGCGUCGUGAAAUAUUCGUGUAUCUCGUUGGAUAGGUCACGCUUUUUAUUGCAAGGCUGGCGCUUUGCACGUGUUUUUAAAUGAACUUUUAAAAUUUUGAAGUGACUUAUUUAGUUUAGUUGUCAAGUUGUUCCGCUGCGAAGGACCUUCUUAUUUCUACAGCCACUGGAACCCGAGGGGAAACGCUCGUAACUCCAGCUGAGAAGAUGGUGCACGUGAAGGAGUGGGAGGCCUCCCUCUAUGUGUACCUCAGACUGGCCUGUGGAGCCCUGGUCCACCUGCUCUCUGUGGGUUUAACGCUUUUCGUCACAUUCCUGGCCAGACCUGGGUCCAGUUUGUUUUCUUGGCAUCCGUUCCUGAUGACUCUGGCUUUCUCCUUUCUCAUGACCGAAGCGAUCCUCGUCUUCUCGCCCGACUGCUCGCCCAUCUGGAAGCUCUCCCACAAGACCAAGGGACGCUGCCACUGGGUCCUGCAGGCGCUGGCCGUGGCCUGCGCCACCCUGGGCUCGAUGGCCGUCUUUUACAACAAGCGGCUCAACGUGAAGCCGCAUUUCUCCACGUGGCACGGCGUCCUCGGUCUGGUCACGGUGUGCUGUGCGGCGCUUCAGUUAGCGGGGGGUCUUCCUUUGAUGUACCACAAGCUGGCAAAGGGAUGGUCGUUGGCAAAGCUGAAGCGCUACCAUGCAGCAUCCGGAAUGGUGGUGUACCUGCUGGGCUGCGGAAGCAUCCUCCUGGGAACGUGCUCCCUGUGGUUCACUACGUCCGUGCAGAGCCUGUCCUGGUACGUCGUGGCUCUGUGCCCUGCCGCGAGUGCCCUGGUCGUCAUGAGCCAGGUCACGAACUCUUACGUGGCUAAAAAACGAUUUCGGCCGUGAAGUGUGAGGCACUUUUAUCAUUCGGUUACUCUCUUGCAGUCAUUCUGAUGUGUCUUCAUGUUAUGGUCCAGUGCUGCUUCUUUGAUCAGUCUUCACAUGUACUUGAAGUGUCCUAAGGAAAAUUGUGUUUUCUUUUUUUUUUAUUUUAAAUUUUGUAAACUGAACUGCUGUUGCAACAUAAAUUGCUACAGAAUGAACAAUAUUUCUUCUAGGUUUAUAUUCAGAUUUGCUUGUAUAAUUUUUCUUUAUGUCCCCCCCCAGAGAAUAGUGUUGUCUGUCUAUUACACGGGCUCCACGUAUUGUGGAUGGCUAAGUUAUGAGUUUUACAAAAUAAUUUUUUCGAUUUUUCUAAAACAAUGUGGCUGUAGUGGAGAAAGUUCAACCUCCGUUUUUGCAGCCAGCCAUAAGGGGCCAGUAAAAUGCACUGUGGAGGUGGCCUAAUGCAUCCUUUUUGUCGUCAGUAGCUCCUGUUUGCUGUGGUGUUCCUGAGUGUCAGUGAUCAGUCCCC